UUUCUCGGUUCAGUCAGAAUGAAGUAGUUUCCGGGCGACACGGUACCAGCAGUAAACAUGGCGGAGGAACUGCUGGAAACAGUGGAUAGACUUCAGUCCCGGCUCCUGGAGAAUCCGGAGCCUCGAAAGCUUCUAAAGACUUUUAAAAGACUGGGGGAACUUCCCAUGACUGUGGACAUACUAGUGGAAACUGGAGUCGGGAAGACUGUCAAUUCUUUUAGGAAACAUGAACUGGCUGGAGAAGUGGCAAAGGGCCUUGUAGCCAAAUGGAAAAAACUGGUUCCACAGUCGGCGGACAGACCCACCAACAGCCACGUCAAAGAGGCACCGCGGUCGCACACGCACCCUCGAGGCCCAGAGGCAGCAGGAGGUGGAGGAGGCCACAGACGCACCCGGGAGCCCUCCCCUGAAGAAGAGCCCUCCUUCAUGGAAGAAGAAGAAGAAGAAGAAGAAGAAGAAGAAGAACAGGAGGAGGAGGAGAGAGGCUAUCACACGAACUACUCGCCCUCACCUCCUCAACACAAGCAGUACAGCCCUCCACAGCGAGGAGGCUACCAGUCGGACGAGUACGAGAGCCCUGAGCCUGACCUGGAACCAGAACCAGAACCUGAGCCUGAGCCUGAGCCCAGUCCUCCUCCUCCUCGCAAAGAGGUCCGCCACACCAAACCAAACAAAGAACCCAACAAAAACCACCACCACGGCGACAAAAACAGGGACAGAGACGAGGAGCGGCGGCAACGAAGGGAAGACGGUGAAGGGAAGAAACGCAGCGCAGACAGAGAGAGACAGCAGAGUCCAGUACUAAAGUCUGCGAAGCACAGCAAGAAGUCCACCACACAUGAGAGUAAGAGGGAGGAGAAGAAGAAAGGAGGCGAUGAUGGGCGACCGCGGGUGCCGAAGGACUCUCCACCCAAGGAGGAGGAAGAGGACUUUGAGACUCCCACCAUGUCCUUUGAGUCUUUCCUCACAUAUGACGCCCCAACGCCUGUCAAGAAGAAGAAGAAGCCAUCAUCGUCAUCCUCGUCACACAGUCGACCGCCUCACUCUUCUUCCUCCACGUCGUCCUCCCAUCGUUCACGCACCCCUCCGCCUGCCCCCUCAUCCUCCUCAUCAAAAGGGAGCAAGGCUAACGGCACUCAGAGUACCAAGAGGCCACAUUCAAGCUCCAGUUCGGCAUCACAGGAAAAACGCAAGAAGGGGGUUGAGGCUGUUGCGACUAUUCCUGAAAUCCCUCUGCCAGCGAUUCAGCCCUAUUACAGACCUCUGCCCUCCAUCGAUGUCACUCCGCUGUCCCCUCAGAGACGGAAAGUUCCUGUCUGCAACGACGAGGAGGAUUCCGGGUUCACAGGGAAGCGAUUCAACUCUAAGAUGGUGGUCUACUCGGGAUCAAAGACAGCUUACUUGCCCAGGAUGAUGACUCUGUACGAGCAGUGCAUCCGUGUGCUGCAGAACAACAUUGACUCCAUCGCUGAGGUUGGAGGAGUGCCGUUCGAGAUCCUGGAGCCAGUGCUGGAGCGAUGUACACCAGAGCAGCUGUACCGCAUCGAGCAGAGCAACCAGUGGUUUACGGAGGAAUCUGACGAGCUGUGGAUGCGUCACUGUCAGCGGGACUUUAAACGCGAGUCUCCUCAGGAGUACGAGUCGUGGAGGGAGAUGUAUCUGAGGCUGCACGACGAGCGCGAGGAGCGACUGAGGAUGCUCACCCAGAACAUCUCCUCCGCCCACGCCAACAAGCCAAAAGGUCGGCAGGUGAAGAUGGCGUUUGUGAAUUCUGUCGCCAAGCCGCCACGUGACGUCCGCCGCCGACAGGAGAAGUUCGGCACCAUCAGUGGUUCGUCGGCCACGUCCACCGCAGCUGCAGCUCCCAUCAAAAUACGACCAGCUCCCUCAAAUUACUCUGGUGAAUCGAGCCACUCCUCUUCCUCCCAACUUAACCCUUCUCCCAGCUCGUCUCGCUCCUCAGCACCAGAAGGAGGAGGAGGAGGAGGAGGAGGACCUGCCGCCCGGGACAAGCCACAGGUCAAAAAAAUCGCCCCCAUGAUGGCCAAAACUAUCAAAGCUUUCAAGAACAGAUUCUCCCGCCGAUAGUGUGAAAGAGACUGAAUGUAUUUUAUGAAUUCCAACUGUGUUUUUAAUUUAAGUAUAGAAAGGUUUUACUGGAGAGCCCUUGACCCCACACACACACACACACACACACACACACACACACACACACUCUUUUUACCCACCAAACAUAUGGAUAUAGGAACUUUUCAGUAUUGGUGGAUAAAAGGUUGAUUUUUAAUUUCUUUUUUUAUUUAACUAGUGGCAUCUGUUUUUAGGGGUCUUUGAUUAAGUAUUUAAAUCAUCAAUGACGGUCAGUGGGUGUGACAUCUGUGAAAAUUUACGAAAACGAAGUCGCCAACUUUUUACAAGACGCAACGGACACGCACACCUGCAAACACACAGUCUGUUAUUUUUCUUGUUUUCUUGCACCAUUUUAAAAGGAAUAGCUUGACCCUUCGGUUAAAAAAACUCUUUGUUGCUUUCUUACAGAGAGUUAGACAAGAAGACUGAUACCACUCUCACGUCUGUACGCUAAAUAUGAAGCUCAAAUCAGGAGACGGUUAGCUUAGCAUGAGGACUGCAAGCAGAGGGAAACGGCUAGCCUGUCCAAAGCUAACAAAAUCUGCCUACCUCCCAGCACCUUUAAAGUUCACCAAGUUGUGUCUUGUUUGUUUACACUGUAAAAAAAACAUUACUUAAAAUUGUGUGUAAAAACGACAAUUCGUAGUUUUAUGGGGGGUAAUGUGCUAAACUACAAUUUGGCCAGGAUCAGUUGCCAGGCAACCAGUGGAGACGCCAGGAUGUUACUGGUCAGAACCUAGAAAAGAUUUAGAAGGUAUCCCCUUGCGAAACACAGAGUUGUCGUUUUUUACACAGGAAACUACACACUUUUAACUAAGACGCAACGUGUUAAUGAGAGAUGAGAUGUGCUGGUAGGUGUCUGCUCCCAUGCUCGCUGUUUCCCCGUUUCCAGUCUUUAUGUUGCGCUAAGUUAGCCGGCUACUGGCUGUAGCUUUAUAUUUAGUGUACAGACACGAGAGUAGUAUAGAUCUUCUCAUCUAACUCCUAGCAAGAAAGCAAAAAAAAAACAUACUUUGUCUACUAAAAUAUUAAAUUUUUCCUUCACGGGACAGGAAAAUUACUUAUUAUUUUCCUUUUAAAGAAUAGUUGUUUGUUAUGUUUCAAAUGAUACACUACAUGAAGAACGCAAACUUUUUUUUUUUUUU